AUGUCCCCAAUGAUCUCUGCUACCUUCUCCAAGGCCAUCAUCGCCGGGGUCCCCACCGACCGCAACCAAUCCAACGACGACCGCACUCCCAUCCUUCAGGUCGACCCUCAAUGCUGCCAUUGCGGCGAACGAGGAUACCACAGCAAGGAUUGCAUCUUCAAGGUCUAA